CAUACCUGCUCGACCAUGGCCUGGCUGCUCCCUCUCCCUCUCCUCUCUUUCUUCCUUUUAUUCCUCACAACAAGAGUACAUGGGUCAGCACUGACGACCGCCAUCUCUCCUAACGAACGCCUAUGCUUCUACGCGGACGUGGAUAAAGCUGGGGAAAAGAUCGGCUUCUAUUUUGCUGUGCAAAGCGGAGGCUCCUUCGAUAUCUCCUUCGAUGUCAAAGAUCCAAACGAAAAGAUCCUCCUUGACGGCGUCUCUGAGCGACAAGGUGACUACGUCCUCACCGCGAACACCGUCGGGGAAUACGCGUUUUGCUUUGAGAACGACAUGUCGACCCUUACCGACAAGCUCGUCGACUUUGACAUCAUGGUCGAGAGCGAACCCAGACGGGAGGCCCCUGCGAAGCCGGGUCAGAUCAGCGAACAUACAACGCCAUUGGAGGAGAGCGUGUACAGACUGAACGGAAUGUUGAUGAACAUAAAGAGGACGCAGAAAUACUUCCACACCCGCGAGAACCGAGGGUUUUCCACCGUUAAGUCUACUCAAAGUCGUCUAUUCUGGUAUGCCAUCUGGCAGACCGCUUGCGUUAUCGGCAUGGCAAUUUUCCAGGUCUACGUGCUGCAAACCUUCUUCACCAAGACAGGGCGGCGGUACAAGGUCUAGAGCAUACAUAAAGUCAUCUCUAUAUACUUUACUGGAAAUUUCGAGAGGUGGAGCUGUACAGUGGUGGAAGAUGUGUUGGUGCUAUCCAUCAUAAUAUUCUUCUCGUAUAUUCGAUAGUGUUCGUGCCCGGACUCACCAAGAAAACUCUCGACUCUGAAUCC